AGGCAGAGAGAGAGAUAGAGACAGCGCGAGCGAGAGCUGGUGAAUUGGAUGGGAAACAUUUUUGACAGUCGCUAAAAAAGUGACAAGUUGCAAACGACGGCAGCAGAGAGCAGAGAAAUGGAGCCACAAGAGAUCAGAGAAGGAUACUUGGUGAAAAAGGGUACAGUGCUUAACUCCUGGAAGGCAGUGUGGGUGGUGUUGUCUGAGGAUGGUGUGGAAUUCUAUAAAAAGAAAACAGAUCGUUCACCGAAAGGAAUGAUUCCACUGAAGGGAGCCACACUCAUCAGUCCUUGUCAGGAUUUUGGCAAGAGGACGCUGGUUUUCAAGAUCACCACUGAGAAGAAGCAGGAUCACUUCUUCCAAGCCUCGCAUGUGGAGGAGAGAGAGUUUUGGGUGAAGGACAUAAAGAGAGCCAUUACCUGCCUGCAGGGGGGGAAAAGGUUCGCCAGAAAGUCCACAAGACGCUCCAUACGGCUGCCUGACGCAGUAAAUCUGAAUGAGCUGUACCUGCUGAUGAAAGACCAGGAUGAUGGAGUGAAAGAGUUAAAACUGGAGCAGGAGAAUCGAGUCUUCAACCACUGCUUCACCGGUGCAACAGUGGUUGAAUGGCUGAUUUCAAAAGAGAAAGCGAGAAACAGGCCCGAGGCUCUCAUGUUAGCAACAGGGCUCCUGAAUGAGGGUUUUCUCCAGCCUGCAGGUGACCUGUCAAAAGAAGGAGCAGAGAGCGCUGAGCAAACAUCCUUUUUAGAUGAGACCAAAGCUCUUUACUACUUCGCUGACAGUGGUUUCUUCUGCGAAGGCUACUCCAGUGAUGAAGAUGUGCUUUUGAAGGAAGAAUUCAGAGGAAACAUCGUAAAACAGGGCUGUUUACUUAAACAGGGCCACAGGAGAAAAAACUGGAAGGUGCGAAAGUUCAUCCUCAGAGACGACCCUGCUUAUAUGCAUUAUUAUGAUCCCACAAAGGGCGAUGACCCUCUGGGCUCAGUCCACCUCCGUGGCGCUGUGGUUACAGCUGUGGAGUUUGUACCUGAUGCCAAAAAGUACGACAUUGACGGCAACCUCUUUGAGAUCAUCACUUCAGACGAGAUCCACUACUUCCUCCAAGCCGCUACAGCCGAAGAAAGGAAGGAGUGGAUCAAAGCAAUACAGGCAGUGUCAAAAAGUGGAAAAUAACAGAAGCAAUGGAGCAGCAGGGGAAUAUCUGCCAGCCACAGUUAUGACAUAACAGAAUUUACUAUCACACUGGUGGGCUGUUUCCUUUCAUUCUAGAGUAACUGGAAAACUUAACUCCUCCCACACUAUCAAACUACUGUUACGAAGUUUUUGUGCACUGGAGCCAUGUAACAAAUAUAAUGAAAUAAAAGUAAUAGUUUCUAAAUGAAAUAAUACACUGUUUCAUUUACAGAACACAAAGAUAUGACAACAGUGGAAUAAUGGCUAAAAUAUGAAUAACCAGGUAUUAGUAGGGUAAGUACAGAGGGAAUUGCAAACAAUUAAACAAGCAAUAAGAUUGUAUUCUAUUCUAUUCUGCUCAGAGUAUUUGGGUAGUAUUUGUUCAUGUGAAUUUGGUUAAACACGUAUAAAUAUAAAUAUGCUGCUCUGCAAAACAACAGCGCCUUGCUAUAGAACCUAAAAUGCAAUGAGAUCGUGAAGGGCGGUUACAAGGAAAGCAAGUUUUUUCUUCUUUUUCUCUCUUUUUUUGGGGGCUCAAGGCUUGCUAUUCUCACCACUGUGGUUUUUCAGAUUUCCUCCCUGUUCACUCAUCUUUCAAAAGUUCGAGAUGUUUACAGCUAUCAUACGAGCACACUUGGUUCCUGCGUGUGAAGUUACCCCGAAUCACACUCUGCCUUCGCACUUUCACACUGUCACUUCGUAUCUUACAGGCUCCCUGCAUCUGCGAGAUAAUUUAGCAGUGACAUAAAAACCACUGGCUUGAGCUACAGUAUGACUACGUUUAAAAUUUCAGUUCCAGUGGUGACAGACAAUUUUGGGUUCAUUACAACUUAAGUCUUAUUUUCAUGUUUCCAUUACUUCUGUUAGUUGGAUGCGUUUUGUGUUGACAAAGUAAUUUGCUGAGAGACUGAGAAUGAGAAAACUGAGUCAGAUAGGGCAAUAAAUACAUGCUUCAAGGCAAUCAGGUUUAUAACAAGUCCCCAGGUUAGUCAAACAUGCGGUAAACAGAAGACGUCACACAGUGCUGGUAACCAUUUCCAACUUAUAGAGCUACAAGUAGUUUAAUAAGCUGCUUUCUGUAGAGUUAGUGAAGCUUAUUUUAUCCCAACAGGCCCUUUGAGUGUAUUAUCCCAUUUUUAAAAAAGGAUUAGUGAUUUGCGGUGCAUUGACUUUUGGUGCCCGUUAAUUAGGAGGUGUAGAUAGCUAAACUGGAGACCUGUUGGCAAGGUGUCAGAUUGUCUGCACAGCCUAAUCGCUCCAUUGCUGUUUGAGCAGUUAGUUUGCAAGUUGCUGUUACCACAACAGAAAGGAACGAUGGCUGAAAAGGUUCUUCUUCUUAGAUUUUAGUUUGAUACUAAUCCAAUGUAAAGACCUUAUACUAGUGAACAGUUUGACUUAAAGAAGAGGUGCCAAAUCAUUUUAACAGCAUCGCUCUUAAUGUGUGAUGAGACGCAUGGUCACCCAUCACCCACUUGCUUGUUCACACAUCUGUUUUCUCUCCGCCUACUCUUUAGUACAGAACAGAGGAUUGUGCAGAGUAAGGUGGGGGACACAGACAGGAAAUAAUUUGAAAAAUAUGCAUUUAAGUUCUAAUUUAGAGUGGAAUUAUGAGGAUUUGAUAGCUGUGACGCUUUUUAAAUGUUCUCAUUUUUGUAAAAAGGAAGGCCCAAGCUAUGUCUGGCUUGAAAUGCAACCUUUCUGGUCAUUCCUAGAAUCUUUUGUUUGUCACUAAUGCAUUAUUUGGUAUUUUUCUAAGAGUUAUUUUGGGUUUUUUUUUAAGGUCGUGUUAGUGUUUCUAAGAACCCAAAUGAAGAUGAAUCAAUUUAAACGACAUUUUCUAAUUGAAUCAUUCAUUUAGGCUCUAAUCAAAAAACAUACAUCACUGUGUGUUUUACAGUUUUAACACAGGAGGGCACUAUAUGUCAACCUGAGAUUGCUGCUGUGAGUCUUAACAAAGUAGGAUCUUGCACCCAAUGGUUCAUGGUCAAUUUGGAAAACAUGGCAGAAAGUAGAUCAAACUUAUCACACUGAUUUGCACGUUUAUGGAUGCAUGCUGUGAAAUGUUAACAAUCCUAAUGAAAAACACAAGCAGGUAUAUGCCGUGCGUCCAUGAAUUAUACUCAACCUUUCAGUUAACCCCUUAUACAUUCCUUCCAUUAACCUUUAUAUCCAUAUUGCACACAGGUUUGGCAAUUUGCACAUUUAAAAUAACAAUUUGAGUGUCCUAACCGCAAUCAAAUUGAUACAAUUAAUCAAAAAACACAUCCUCAUUCACUGGCACAUAGCUCUAUAAAAGCUGUGCUCGUGUAAAUUUGGAUGCUGUGCACAGUAAAAUGACUCAUAACGGUUUUCACAGACAUUUGACAUGUGGCGAAGAGGUGUGAAUGAUUCAGGAAAAACAAAUAAAAACAAAGGUUACAUCGUGUUGCUCCAGUUAAACCCCCCUGCCAAGUUAUAAAAUAGAACACAAACAAGGGCCAAGUAGAUACAGAACAGAUGCAGAGCCCACCAGCAUGGGAGGAAAAACACAAAUAAUUCAGCAUCUAAAUGUCCCGCUGUCACUCUCUUUUCUAAUAAGAAAAUAAUAAGCGGUAACGGUGGCAUAUUAAAUCACAGCACCAAGACGCAGCAGCUCUUUCGGUGACAGUGUAAAACAUUGAUCCUGGAGGAGGAAAAAUAGCUCCUCACACUAUUCGGCUGACAGAUCUUUUCAGUAUAACUGAAGGAGAUUGUGAGCUUUUAUUAUAAUAGACCACUAGCUAACAUAAGACUAAAGAAUAAUUGAUACAUGGUAAUUUUCUGAAGCAGAUUUACAAUAUUUCUUUUUAUAAGAAAAAUGACUAUUGUGGUCAUGCAUUUUAUGUUGAUAAAACCAUAUGAUGAUACAACACAUAAUGUGUCUAAUAGUAAAGCUUAGCCAAACACCAUAUCAAGUGCAUGUCUGUGGGUUUUACAAAUUGAUUUAAGAGCUUUUUUGAGCCUCCCUCUGCAGUCAGAAACAACAUGUGUAAAAACUGGGAAAAAUCUAUAAAACCUCCCCCAGUGUAAAAUGGAAUAAAUAAAUAGACAAGAAAUGGUAAGAGUGUAAAAAAACAGCUUUUCUUGUGGAUCUAUUUGAAAAUUGCUUUUCAUUUUUCACAUUUUAUCACCAGAAAUCAUAGAGGGAUAAGUUCAAAAUGUAAUGUGGGAAAGAAAAAUGAGCUUUUCAGAAAAACCCACAAGUUGCCUUCUUCCAGCAACAUUAGGAGGCCAGUUUUUGCUGCCACCAACUGUCACCACCUUUGAAUUGUAUUGUAGGUGAUGACAAAAUGCCAUUUUUUCUCUUUGACACACAGCAAUUUAUUGUUUCUGGAGUCAGUCAUCAAGUCUAAAAUCAUGAUUUGUUUCACUGAGCCACUGGCUUAUGUUUUUUCAAUAGGUAGCAUUUACAGUGUAACCCUAUAAAAUCACUAUAUUGUAUCCAUACAGCUGUUUGACAGCAGAUGCAGAAAGAUCUGCCAAUGAUGACACUUUUAGUGUGUAAAGCAUGAAUGAGUUGGAUAGUGGGACUCAAGGCAACAUAAUAGAGUUUCACCCUGCUGACACCAAACACAGUUACCAGUCAUGCUUUUCAAAACACUCUGGGCACAAAGCCACAAAUAUUUCCAGAAGAAAACAGCACUGUAGAGUUUGGAUGCGGUCCAACCACCAUUCAACUAAAUUGGAGGAAGUCAAACACCUUUCAAGUGUUCACCGUAAAAUGGAAAUUAAAAGAAAAGUUUGAUGUACGAAGAAAAGCAUUUUCAGCUUUACCUGCCAUCAUGUUGACUUGGUGUCAGAAAUGUCAGGCAGCUUCUGAAUCAUCCCUAAAGUUUUGGGUUUUUAAGAGGAGUUUUCUGACCGGUAUAGAACAAAGUUUACCUCAUCUUCAACAGGCUCCCCAAGUCUUUUAGAUAAGUCUGCUCCCAAAUAACAUAGCUUUUUAGAUUGGAUCUGUACCCUGCUGUUUGAUCACAGUUUAGCUGCUGCCCAGGUGGUGUACUUCAAAGCUCCUGAGACUGCAAGAUGAAAAUCUUCCUUUAACUGUUCAACAGACACUAUGCCUGUAAGAGUAGAGCUGUCUUUAAUAAACAGCAUUUAGAACAUGGGUUUUCUUUGUUCUAAGGUAAAAGAUGAUGUUGUCUGACUUAGCUAAUACAUUUUAUGCCAAAAACAACACAGGUUCUUUAUGGAAAUAUACAGCCAGGGAACUUCAUCAACAGAAAUUGUGGUAUACCAUGAAAAAAUUUAUAAAUACUUUACAAAUUCUUAUUGUUUCAGAUUAUAGCUCCUUCUACUUGCAUGACUAAUAUUCUAUUUGCAGAGAGUAGGUGAUACUGUUUUGCAAUAUGCAUAAUGAGACACUGCUUUGUCUUAAAUGACACACGUAUUCAAUAUUCAAUGCUAAAUUGCAGUUCAAACACUGAUAAAAAAAAACUGGGGUUGUAGCAAGUGUGACAGCUUCUUUAAACGUCCUCACACCUUACUGUAUGUAUGUAAUUUAGGCAAAAAGAUACAGAUAUGUAUACAUGUAUAUUCUUUGCCUCCAUUAAAAUAAUGCGUCACCGGUA